AUGACAGAGGGAACUCGCAGUGCUGUGAAGCAGCAGAACGCCAUUGACGAAUGUUUGAACCGCGUGCAACACCACGAAGAACAAUUCAGUGCCUUAGGAAUUAUAUUAAAGGAAAUGAACUUGAAAUUAACAAUGAUGGAGGCUAAAAUAGAUCAACAGAAUAGAGGUAAAGGUAAGACAGAAACCUCAUCAGGAGAGGGAAUUGGUGGUUUAUUUGGUAAUAAUCCUUUUAAAUCAGUCAAACUAACCAUACCUCGGUUCAAUGGAGGUAACCCGGAGCCGUGGAUUAACAAGAUCCAGCAAUUCUAUGGAUUCCACAAUUUGUCUGAUGAUGAGAAAUUUACGCUCACAUUUGGCCCUUCACGGUAUAGGGAUUUGAGAGGAGAACUGGGUAGGCUGACCCAAGGUACUACCGUGGAUGAUUAUCAGACACACUUCGAGCAGCUGGCCAAUCAAGUUAUUGGGAUUGAUGAUUUAACCUUGCAGAGUUACUUUGAAUCUGGUCUCAAACCGGAGAUCCGCAAAGAGGUACGAAUGCAUCUUCCUGCAAGCUUGGAGCAAGCAAUUGAUUUAGCUAAAAUAAUUGAAGACAAGCUGAAUGAUCGAAGCACUAGCAGAAAUUUUUACAGUAAAAAUCAAGUAAACAAUACUGCAAAUAACCAAGCUGGGUUAUUACCUACACCUUCGAAAAAUCUGGCUAUUGGCACUGGUGCAACUAAAACCCCUCUCCCCAUGAGGAAGCUGUCCACUGCUGAAAUGGCAGAAAAAAGAGAGAAGGGACUGUGUUUCUAUUGUGAUGAAAAAUUUAGUAGAAGUCAUGUCUGCAAAGGGAAGAUGUUCAUCUUAGUCAUGCAGGAAGAUGGUGAUGAUCCACCACUGCCGGAAGAGACGCUCUUAGAACUGGAGCAGGUUGCUGAAGAGUUGGGAGGAGAAGCCCUUCUGACACCAGAAAUUAGCUUGCAUGCCAUGGCAGGGCAGCACUCAACUAGUACACUGAGGGUCACAGGAAGAAUCAGUAAUGCAACAGUGCAGAUUCUUGUUGAUGGUGGUUCAACCCACAAUUUUAUCCAAGAACGUUUGGUGAAAUUCUUGGGUUUAGAGAUCAUACCAACACAGAAAUUUCAAGUAUUAGUGGGAAAUGGAGAGAGGAUGGGCUGUUUGGGAAUGUGUCCUGAGGUAGUUAUGGAUAUACAAGGGCAUAGUUUCUGUCCUGAUCUUUAUGUGUUACCAAUUCAAGGAGCUGAGGUGGUUUUGGGGGUGCAAUGGUUAUCUGAGUGGGGGAAUAUUACAAUCAAUUACAAACAACUGGUGAUGCGGUUUGAACGAGAAGGACAACCAGUGGAGAUACAAGGGGAGCCCACUGCUAACAUGCAGCCCAUCCAAUUAAAUCAAUUUCGGAGGUUGACAGCUUCCAACUCAGUAGCUUGUCUUUAUCAAUUGCAUGCCACUGUGCACCCUCAUGAGUCUCUGAUAGCAAGUAGAAAUGAACCUGAUGCUCGGGUGCUUCACGUUCUCAAGGAAUUUGAACAAGUAUUCUCCAAGCCUUCCACAUUGCCUCCACAUCGCCAGCAAGAUCACCAGAUUCAUUUAGAACCUGGAACAAAGGCAGUCAGUGUCAGACCUUACCAGUACCCACAUUUUCAUAAAACUGAAAUGGAAAAAUUGGUCAAAGAAAUGCUAGAAUCAGGGGUGGUGCGUCCUAGUAUCAGUCCAUUUUCUUCUCCGGCAUUGCUUGUUAAAAAAAAAGAUGGUACCUAG